AACAGACUUCCAGAAGUGGAAAGACAUUUUAACCCCUGUUCUUGUCAGUCCACUCCUCUUAGGGCUCAGCAGCAGCAACCCCUUGCUUCAGGUUAGGGGAAGAGCAAGGUGAUUAUUGCAGAUCUGAAGGGGACUUGGUUUAGGACGUCUGAGAAAGAGGAAGGGUCCAGGAUUUGCCUUCGGGCUUGGAUUGCUGAAUCAAAAUAGCAGGCCCAGCCUACCAAGACGAUGACAGUCACUUAUUCCAGCAAAGUAGCAAAUGCCACUUUCUUUGGAUUUCACAGAUUACUCCUAAGGUGGAAAGGCAGCAUCUACAAAUUGCUGUACAGAGAAUUUAUUGUUUUUGCUACUCUUUACACAGCGAUAAGUGUAUUAUACAGAUUUUUUCUUACAGGUAGCCAAAAACGGUUCUUUGAAAAAUUAUCAAUUUACUGUGACAAAUAUGCUGAACAAAUCCCAGUAACUUUCGUGCUUGGUUUCUACGUUACUUUGGUGGUGAAUCGCUGGUGGAACCAGUUUGUGAACUUGCCAUGGCCGGAUCGUCUGAUGUUCCUCAUCUCCAGCUGUGUCCAGGGCAGAGAUGAGUAUGGGCGCUUGCUAAGGAGGACUCUCAUGCGUUAUGUGAAUUUAACAUCUCUGCUGAUCUUCCGCUCUGUGAGCACAGCUGUGUACAAAAGGUUCCCUACCAUGGACCAUGUGGUAGGAGCAGGUUUUAUGACAAGAUAUGAAAGAAAACUUUUUGACGACCUUAAGUCUCCACACCUGAAAUACUGGGUCCCAUUUGUCUGGUUUGGAAAUUUGGCAUCGAAGGCACGAAAAGAGGGAAGAAUUCGAGACAGUGUGGAUCUGCAGACACUGAUGAAUGAGAUGAAUAAGUACCGGUCUUGGUGUAGUCUUUUGUUUGGUUAUGACUGGGUUGGAAUUCCACUGGUCUAUACCCAGGUUGUUACUCUCGCAGUCUAUACUUUUUUCUUUGCCUGCCUGAUAGGGCGCCAAUUUUUGGAUACUGACCAAGGGUAUCAGGGACAUGACUUAGAUAUUUACAUUCCAAUCUUCACACUGCUGCAGUUCUUCUUCUACGCAGGAUGGCUCAAGGUCGCUGAACAACUCAUUAAUCCGUUUGGAGAAGAUGAUGAUGAUUUUGAAACAAACUGGUGCAUCGAUAGAAAUUUACAGGUUUCACUUCUGGCGGUGGAUGAGAUGCACAUGAACUUGCCGAGGAUGGAGAAAGAUAUUUACUGGAAUGAUACCUCUGCCCGGCCACCCUACACAAAAGCAGCUGCUGAUUACUGUAUUCCUUCAUUUCUUGGAUCAACUAUUGAAAUGGGGCUGGCUGAUACAGAAUUCCUCUAUGGGGAGGAGUGGCCUUGGGAAGAGGAGAAGCAUCAGAGACAAUAUUCUGUUUUGAGAAGAGUCAAGAGGUUUCUCAGCGUCCAUGAAGGUCCUUCGUACCCAACUCACCACCGCUACAGUCGGCAGACAAGUGAGAAUUCGGUCUUUUUCCCAGCAGAUGAAAAGGGGCACAUCAGACGGCUGCAGGAAAUGCACACAAGAGGGAGGCGCUCUACCUCAAGCUUCAAGAAGAAACAUGAAGGAGUUAACAGAAGUAGCAGACUUCAUGGUAGCCGAGAGCUUGGACCCAUAACAGAAACCUCAAGGAACGAGGCACAGUUUGGUGACAGUGAUACCUCAUCCGAGACAAACAGGCCAGUUCCUGAGGUUAUCAUCUCUGAAGCCAAGGAGAUUGCACCUGAUAUGCUGGACAAACCAGACCUGCCCACAGAGCGCUCUGCAAGCAUGCCAGAAGAGAAGCUCCAAAGGAUCCUAUCUGAGGCAAAUGUGGCCCUUCUGAACCAACACUUUUUCCCACCAGAAAUGACUCCAUACGUCUCAAGUUCAGACGUGCAUCAGUCACUUCCUAGUGUGAUAGGAGAGCCCAAACAUGAGCCCCAGGUUAGUAACAUAGCUGGUCUCAUAACAGAUCAUGAGAGAAGCCUUCAGAGAUGGAGUUUACCAAGCUUCCAUAGUCCUAGUACAGCAUCAAAUGCUGGUGCUGCACCGCCUUCAACAAAUUCUGGGACAACUUCACAACAAAGGACAUUCAGUGAUGAAAAAAAUGUUACUUCUGCUUCUGCUGUGCAAACAUUUGAGAUGCAGGACUUAUGGGAAAACCUGGACAGUAAAGAAACAGCCAUAGUAGAAUUUUCUCACGAGGAAAGUGAAAGAAAACUUUGACCAUUCUUCCUCUGGGUUUGACUGAACUUCUUGUCUUCUCUUGUACAUGGUUCUCACACAAAUUUGCUGAAAGUGCAGAAGGGCAGACUCAAUACUCAGACAAGUCACGAACAAGAACCAACAGAGGAUUUGGGCACCUAAAUAGGAGGUGACAUACUUUAAGCCACUUGGUCACUGGCUUGAAAUCUGUGACCCUGUGGGAAAUACAUUUACACAGAGAACUGGGAGCCUCAGGAGUGGGUGCAAAUCCACUCAGCUGGUGUAUAUGGCAGCAAGCUGUGUAGGCUCAGCUAGAGGAAACACUAAGGUUAUCAGAAGAGUGGGGGUGGUUCUGUCCACUUUGGAUACACACUGAACUCUGCUGCCUUUGUCUGCUCCAUCAGCUUGAAGUCCAUGACAUCCCUGUAAGAUCCACCAACAGUUUUGGUUUCUGCUUAUGUGGCUCAAAGGCAAGAUGGUGGGCUCAAUUCCCUUCUCAGCCUGAAGAGAUUCAGCCCACCAUCUCUCACUGCCUGAAGGGACACUUGAAAAAUCGGGCCCCUCAUUUGUGUAGGACAGUAUCCUGCCCUGCUCCUGAUGAGGCUAUGCCACUAAAGAGAAGAAAAAUUAAAAUUAUUAAAUAUUUAAUUUCAUUUUUAAAAAUGGAAGGUGCAAAACAGCUGAUGAGCUGGGCAUGGGAUGUCUGAGCCUUGGAGCACAUAUGUGGCAUACCCAGUGACAGUCUAUUGUAAAAGGAGGCUCUCAGGCAGCCUCCCUAGUGAUGACAGGGCUUCAGCACUCUAUCAAGAGCUGAUAGAGCUGCAGGUGCUACUAAGCUUAGGGCCCCAGUCUUGUGGAGAUCUCCAGCUGGAAGCGCACGGGCUGUGGUCAUCCCAGGCAGAAAACAAAGUGGUCCAUGGCUGCUAGCAAAAUUGUUCUCCACUUCCUAAACCUCUCCCCCAUUCCCAUGCUUCCCAGAUGUACCGCACACAUACAAACCUGAGUCAGCAUUAGGUGGCUCCUGCUACUCCAGGGGUGACCAAGCCACCUCCCUAAACCUCCUGGGAGUGACCUGGCCUUUCAGCUAUGACUCCUGCAAGAUGUCUCAAAGCAGGCCAGGAAAGCUGCCACAGCUCCUUGGUUUUGCUCUCACCCACAUUUACCGAAGUGCAGCCUGGAGCAUGUUGCCAGCAUUCUCCCAUGAGUGAGUAUCCAAGUAGAGGGUCUCCCCAGACAAGGGAGAGACAAGGAAGCUCAGGGACUGGAACGAACAGAGAGAGGGGGAGACCAAAAGUUAUGAGUCUGCUACAGCCAGCAAAGGCAGUAUGGCUGCAUGGACAGCAAGUCCACCCAGCCCUCUUGCUCAGAAGGGCGCACUUCAGAAAACAAACCGGCCUCUCUGCAUGGGUAACUGGCAACACCAGUGGUUCCUGGGAGACUUUAGGACUCCCUGAAACUGGGAAGGGGAUGAACAGACCUGCCUGCUCCUGCUCUUAUGGCCAACAACUUAGGUGAGAAGCCCUUCUAGCAGGCUGUCACAUACAGCAGGACUCCAUGUCAUCUGAGUAGGCUUUGAACAAAAUCAACCACUCUCCUCACUUCUACUUCUUCCAGCUUUAUUUCAGUCUGGGAAUUGGCUCCUGCUGCUGUAUAUUAGGCAAGGUCUGAGCAGAGCCACACUCUCAAAUCCUCCAAAGACACUAGACAAAAGCACAUGUAUCUCAUUGGUUUAGGAAGCACAGGACACUUAGCCCAAGGAAGCACCAUUUAAACCCACAUUAUGGGAAUUCCAGAUAUGCAGAAAAGCCAAGCACAGAUUUGUCAGGCACCAAUGGACAGACUUCUUCACACCAUGAGAUGAGCUGACACUGGUGUCUGACAGCAGCUUAUUGAAAUUUGAUCACAGCUUGGAGUCCAGUGUUCUGGUGCAACCUCACCCUUGCCACUCCACAAGUCUUCAGGCAAUUCAAGUUGCUAUGUUCAGGUUUGACCAACAAAAUGAGAAACUCUAUGGAGUGAAAUUAUACUGAAGUAAACAGCACCUCAGCCUAGGAGUCCAAUUUUCUGAAUGCCCCUUACCCAACUUCAGGAAGCAUUCCCUUUUUUCGCCCAAUUCCUUCUUUCUUCUUGUAGCUGAAGCCACAGUUUCCAAUUAAAUGUUUUCUCAAUCUAAUUGUAUCUGCAAUUGUCAAGGAACUUAAUUUGCCAAUGAGCUUAACUUAAAUAAAUGGCAAAUUUUAAGUAUCAACAACACAUUUUUAAGGAUAGCCAGACAGCUCCAGUCACACAGCUAGAAACAAAGUAAAAGUAACUGCUGCUCCCCUCUAUAGCACUUUUUUAAAGUCAGGAGAGCAAUACAAAUUCCUGGGGAGUUUGGCCAUACUCCUUCCAGCCGUGCAUGUAUAGGAAGAGCUUUCAGCAGCUGUGAAGGAAGCCUGGCCCAUUAUCUAGCUCUCUUCCCACAGUACAUAAGCUUGAGGAGCUGUGCUUCACACUGUAAGGGAAUUUAAGCCAGAAAUAAGAGAUGACUCUCAAGUGUCCACCACAAAUCUGCACUGAGAGUCCAGUUCCACCAUACCUCCUCAUUCUACCCCACACAGCUUCCACCAGGGCUUAAGGUAUUGGACCAAAGUGCUCUGUGUCCACAACCCAGACACCAGUUUGUUUCAUUCCAGCACUGCUAAGCAUCCCAGCUUCUCAUCAUCCAGCUCUGCUCAUCUUCUUCUCAGCCUGGCCGCUGCCUAGGAUGCACGCUGCUGCUUUCCACCAGGACAUUAGACAUCUGAUCAGCAAUGAUUUUGCUACCUCUCCCACUCACUCUGUCAGCACUCCCUGGCCCUGAAACUGUGCUCAUUAUUUGAUGGAGGUGAAGGUGGCCACACAGCAGCCAUUAGGUAGGUAAGAGCUUCAGUUAAGCUCCACAGAGGUGUCUAUUAGACAUGUAGAUGCAUGCUAAGUUAGGAGUUACAGCUCUGAAGCCACACAAUGCAAUCUGUAAUACACAACCAACAUUUCACACAGUGGGCCAGCUCCACAUUAGCUACAGUAAUCUGUUAAUUGCUUGUGAAGAAGCUAGUGCUGGGAUGAGUUACCAGAAAAAUUUGCUCUCCUUAUUUACUCUGUUAUCUCACUUUUUGCAAACAUCUGUGGACUCUGAUUUGUAUUAAAUUAUCUUUUGGGAUUAUGGGUUCUCUUGGGCACUUCUCUCAGUAAACUAUUUGCCAUAGCAUGGUAAAUGGGUUAUUUUAGCAAACCCAACAAUCUACAAUUCAUGUUCACAGGUAUAUGCAAUGUUCAAUAAAGGCACGUUGAGAAACACCAUCGUCCUGGUUGUACU